AUGAUACCAUCCAUCGGUUCAGAUUUAGUUGGUCGAGGUGAGCUCAUUGGAUUCCCUCUUCAUCUUUGGACUGACACGAACCUAAGAAACACAGGUGGUAGACUCGGUCAUGUCGAUACUCUGGAGCUUACAGAGGGGCGCAUGCUCAUAGAGGUUGAUUCACGCCGUCCACUGAAGUUCUCUAGGAAAGUGGAAUAUGAGGGAGAUGAGGUUACGAUCGAAAUAAAGUACGACAAGCUUUUCAAACAUUGUACAAUCUGUGGUUUGCUAUCUCAUGAGAAGGGAUAUUGCCCCUUAAUGGAUGUUAGAUCAUGGUUACAACAUGUGGAAAGGCCUGACGUUUUUUCCCGACUGCAGCGGGCUCAGGAUAUGCCUCGCCAAAACUGGAGUCGUGAUGCUCUGGUAAAUGCUAGACCCUCCCAGCAGUCGUCGCUGCAGAACCGGGAGCUGCAAUCUUCACGAUAUUAUACGUCUAAGCCGGUAAGGUAUGAUGAUAAGAGUACGCGAGGACAGGGGCCUCGCUACUGGGAGAACGACAGCAGUCGGGGUCGUCACUCGGAUAGGAUUAUCCGUAGCAGAGACGAUCAUUUAGGGAGGAACAGGUAUGGUAGGGCACGGGAUAAUCCUGGUCCCUAUGCGCGUCCAAACGAGAAGGCAUGGAAAGUGAAACCGAAGACGCAUGAAGUGGGAAGGGGUCAGUCUGCUGUUGAUGAGGAUGCAAUGAUUCGAGGAGCUACGUCCGUUGAGGAUGAAGAGGGUUUAGUAGCCAUUGCUACUAGUUACUUUAGACAGAUCUUUGAAUCGUCUAACCCUGAGGACAUUGAAGAGGCGUUAGCUCAAGUUCCUACGACAAUCACUGGGGCAAUGAAUGAGAACCUUACAGCUCCGGUAACGGAAUGGGAGGUCAAAUUGGCUCUUUUUGCUAUGCAUCCAGAGAAGGCUCCAGGACCAGAUGGGAUGACUGCGCUAUUCUAUCAGAAAUUCUGGGAUAUUGUAAAGGAUGAUUUAACUCUUAUGGUUAAUAACUUCCUUAUCGAGGGAACGGUGGUGAAUGGAUUAAAUGAUACAAAUAUAUGUCUCAUCCCGAAGACGGCCAAGCCGAAUGAUAUGGCUCAAUUCCGGCCAAUAAGCUUGUGUAAUGUAAGCUAUAAAAUAAUUUCGAAGGUCUUAUGCCAGAGAUUAAAGAAAGUGCUACCAGGCUUGAUUUCAGAGACCCAGUCAGCCUUUGUUGCUGGGAGACAGAUUUCAGACAAUAUUAUGAUUGCCCAAGAAAUGUUCCACGCGCUGAGGACUAAACCAAGUGGUCGCAGUAAAAGGAUGGCUAUUAAGACGGACAUGAGCAAAGCAUAUGACAGAAUGGAGUGGUCAUUCAUUGAAGCCGUCAUGCGCAAAAUGGGUUUCUCAGAGACGUGGAUAACCUGGAUAAUGCGAUGCAUUACGUCGCGGAUCAAUGCAAAUACCAGGCAAGAGAUCAAAGAUGCAAUGGGUAUACAAAACGAAGGAGGGAUGGGAACCUACUUAGGUAUCCCAGAAGAUAUAAGUGGAUCCAAAUGCAAAUUGUUUGCAUUCCUCAAGGACAAGUUAAUGCACAGGGUUAAUGGAUGGACGGGUAGGUGGCUUUCAAAAGGAGGGAAGGAAGUUCUGAUAAAAUCUAUUCUGCUAGCUCUUCCGACUUAUGUCAUGUCUACUUUCCUGCUCCCUUUAGAGAUAUGUGAAAACCUAGCUAGUGCCAUCGCACGGUUCUGGUGGAGUUCAAACCCACCAAAGAGAGGAAUUCACUGGGUGAAAUGGGAAAAAGUUUGCCUACUAAGGGAGGAAGGAGAGAUUGGGUUUCGUAUGAUCCAUGAGUUCAAUCUGGCAUUGUUGGCAAAACAACUAUGGAGGUUGGUUCAAUUCCCAGACUCAUUGGUCGGUGGGGUCUUGAAGGGGAGAUACUACAGAUUAACCUCACCGCUGAGAGUAAACUCUGCUAGCUGCCCCUCUUAUGUGUGGACUAGCAUUUCUGCUGCAAGGAAGCUGUUAUUGCUGGGAAUCAGACAGAAGGUACACUCAGGUUAUGAAGUAAAGGUGUGGGAGGAUCCGUGGAUCCCAACGAUCCCAGCGAGGCCGGAUGUCCCUGUGGCACCAGUAAUGCAUCCUAACAUGAGAGUAAGCGAUCUCAUUGAUCAGGUAGGGAAGGAGUGGGAUGUGGGAUUAUUGGAGAAUUAUGUAAAUCCCGAGGACAUACCGCUUAUAAGGAGUUUGGCCAUAAGUUCAUCUCACCGGCGCGAUACUUUUUGCUGGAGCUACACAAGGAAUGGCCAAUACUCGGUUAAAUCUGGAUAUUGGGUGGCCCAGAAUUUAUUGAAGAUGGCGGAAGCACACGAGAUAUUGGAACCGAGUAUUACCAAGCUUCAAGCCUUUGCUUGGAAGUUAAAAGCGCCUACGAAAAUAUGUCAUCUUAUUUGGCAGUUAUUGACUGGGCAUGUUGCAGUAACAAGGAAUUUAGUAAGACGUAAUAUGCGAUGUGAUAACUACUGCCCAAGAUGCGGAGAAUUGGAAGAAUCUGUCACACAUGCUAUCUUUGAAUGCCCGCCAGCGCUACAAGCUUGGACCUUAUCGGCAACCCCAACAAGCCCAGAGGUAUUUCCAUUACCAAGUGUCUACGCCAAUAUGGAGUACCUAUUCUGGAGGAAAAACUCUAUUAUUGAGCCGGAACAAGACAGAGAUCCUUUUCCCUGGAUAAUUUGGUAUAUCUGGAAAGCUAGGAAUGAUAAACUAUUCAAGGGGAUAGAUAGAGAUCCUUUAGAGUUAGUCCUCUAUGCAGAGAGUGAAUGUCAGGUCUGGUUUGAUGCGAACGAUGUGGCACAACCUAUGGUACAAGAGACUAAUAUAGCGAACCCUCAAGUCAUAAGCUUGGGUAAUAUUUGCUUGCUGGAUGGAUCUUGGACAACAUCUGCCAACUUCAGUGGACUUGGAUGGGUUUGGAUGGACAAUACGGGAAAUACACAGCUCAUGGGGAUGAAGAAUCUUCCUCGACGAGAAUCAGCCUUGCAUUCGGAAGUAGAAGCGCUACGGUGGGCAAUGGAGAAUAUGCUACAGCACUCGACAUGCCAGCGCUUUGGGACGGAUUGUAAGGAGCUGAUCGCAAUGUUAGAUGAUCCUCAUGCGUGGCCUAGCUUUGCGACGGAAUUGGAGGGAUAG